AUCAUUUCAAUAAUAAGUUUAUAUUAGUUCAUUCAGUAAAGUCAUUUUCAGUAGUUUCAUUGUUUUGUCUUACAUAUAAAAAUAUUUAUAUUAUAAACUUUCUGCUUUUUCUAUUUCUUAUUCAAUAAUAUUGAAAUUGAUAAUUCCAUUCUUGAAUCUCGUUAGUGUAACACUAUCUCAUUAUGGGUGUUGACAUUCUAGGAUUCGCGUACGCCGCUACAGUUGCCGCUGGUGGCAUUAUGGGUUAUGCGAAAGCAGGAUCCAUACCUUCUCUGGGAGCUGGAAUUAUUUUCGGAUCGAUAUUAGGUGUCGGGGCAUAUCAACUUAGUCAGGAUCCAUCUAACUACACACUGUCCCUUGGCACCACAACCACACUUGGUGGUCUUAUGGGAUAUAGAUAUUACAACAGCAGAAAGUUCAUGCCGGCCGGUCUCGUCUUCUGUCUCUCUCUCGUCAUGUUGACGAAAUUGGUAGUUAAAAAUGUCGGCUCCAGUCCGGUUCCUGUAAAGUCUGGUUAAUAUUUUACCUAUUGUUGUAUCGUAUCCCUCCUAUUAUAAUGAUUUCUAUUUAGUGUAAAAAAAAACCACAGGUAUAUCAAAGUUAAAAACUACCUUAAUGGUAUAAACAAGAACCAGGUAAGAGGAACUGCAAGUACUUUUUAAAAAUGUUUAAUUUAAAAUACUCUUGGGAGACAAGAGUAGUAGAGUUGUAAUGAAUUAGACAUUGUACUGCGCUUAUUAUAUAUGUUGAGAAAUUAUCCAAAUAUGAGGGAAAAUAUUAGGAAAAAUAAAGAAUGAUCACAUAGACCGAAUAAAGCAGAUCUUAUAAUAUGGCAUACUGCGUAGAUUCGGGAAACUGAGAGGGAACAGGAUGAUGUAAAAUAAAAACUUUGCUUUGGCGCUAUUAUCGCAUUUAAUCAAUCAAUCAAUCUCGGUCUUCUUGCCCGCCUUUAGUAGUGUAGGCGGGUGAGGUAGGGGUCUCGGGGUAAACCCCUUUACCCCGGCUGCAUCUCCGGAGGCAACUACCUCCGGGUCGCUGGGUUCUUGAGCCGGCAUACACUGGUGGUCUGUGUAUGCCGGCGUGGUGUCUUCUUUGAUGUGGCCUCUUCUUCUUUCUUGUUAUAUAUAUUUUAUUUAUUAUAUUAUAUAUAUAUUUUAUUUAUUAUAUUAUAUAUAUAUAUAUAUAUAUAUUAUUUUUUUUCCAUUUUUAUAAUAAUCGCAUUUAAUAUGACAACAAAUAGUAAAAAUACUGUUUUUUUUUUAUGUUGGCAAUGACAUAUCCAACCGCUUUUGUCGUCAGUAAAAUUGAUAGUUCUGAAAGUGUGGCCAAUAUAGCGAGGUUUUUAUUUUUGUAUAGUGAUGGAUGUUAUUGUAUAUUUCUGUAGUUUUAUAUAAAGUAGUUUUGGUAAAGUUUUAUUGUAGUGUUCUGUACGUGUUGGGUCUAUACAUAAUUUAUUUCUACUUUAAGUAAAUGUUGUUUAAUUUAUUAAUUAUUAUUUAAGUAAUAAAAAUUAAUUGCUUUUAGAUGAAAUUGAGAAAGCAUGAUAUUUUUAUGAAAUGGAAUAUUAUAAAUAAAAGGUUUUGGGAUUGGAAAAAAA